AAGAGCUUUCUCGAAGAAAUUUCUCCUUUCUCUUCUUCGAUUCGACGAAUUUCUUGUGGAAGAAGAAGCCCUAAUUUUGAUUUGUGAUUGCCCAAAGUUUUUCUUUUUUUUUUGUGCCCUAAUUCCUGCGUUUGCGUUUUCGUACAUCCAAACAAAAUUCAGGAUAUCUUUUUUAGUAAAUGCCUAGUUUGAUUCUAUGGGAGGAGUUAUUGAUAGUGGAGGUGGGGUUGGUCUCAAAUCAUCUCCGCGCCGAGUAGCGAUUGAGAAGGCUCAAGCGGAACUAAGGCAGGAGUAUGAUGUCCGUGAGGAAAGGAGGAGAGAAUUGGAGUUUCUGGAGAAAGGUGGGAAUCCUUUGGAUUUCAAGUUUGGUAAUGCAACUUCACAUAGCGUUCAAUCUACAUCACUCACAGAUAAGCAAGCAGAUCAUUUUGUAAAGAGUGAAGUCAAGGAUAGUUUUCCCCGGACUGCCUCACAACAUGGGGAUUCUGUGGAGAGUAGUGGUAGACCUGGAGUUUCAAUAGUUUCUGAACCCAAUACAGCUGAUAAUCUUUUACUGUUUGAUGCUGAAACUAAGUCACUUGAAGGAGAAAGAGAUUCGAAAUAUCCUAAUAAGAGAAGUAGAACUUCAGAAUCGGAACGGUCUGUCAAAGCGAAUAAUUUCCAGAAUACUAAGGACACAGAAGAUUCUGCCAUUUUUCGCCCAUAUGCUCGUAGAAACAGAUCAAAGAUAAAUCGUGAUCCUGCUCGGUCAAGUUCUACAGAGUUAGUUCAGAGUCGUGGUGGUCUUGCCACAUCACUCUCAAUUCGAAGAGAAUCUGUGGAUGUAAAGGGUUCCGAUUCUGAAGCAGGCAAUCAUAAGAAUAGACAUGCAUCUUCAGUAUCUUGUCCAAACUCUGCAACUUCCAAUGGUGAUAUCGUUUCAAAAAACUUACUCCCAACCAAUUUGUUAAAGACAGAGGAUGAUGGACUGGUUGUACGAGAAAGCACUGCAAGAACAAAAAACAGUCCAGUGAAAGAGAAAGUCGAUAUUGUGUAUAGAAAAAGUUCUGCAGAUGUGGCUUCCAGAGGGACUGGUCUUACUGGGGUGAGAGCACAUACUGCCUCUGCUAGUACAGUAGCCGAUUCUCUCAGUGCUGAAAUGACAGGUAGCCAGGAAACUAACUCCACCCAAGUGAAUGGCCUUCGGGAUCCCCGAGGAGAGAAAGAAAUCUUAAAAAAUACUGCAACUGUAGGGAGGAAAGGGUUAGAUCAAGAGUCCUCUCAUGCUAACAACGUUGAAGUAGAUGUAGAUACUAAAAUAGAUCUCCAUAGAGUGGACAAAUCUGACACCAACAGAAUCCCUAUUGAGAUUGCUUCAAGAGUAGAGGGGAUACUGAAUCCAACAGUUGGUGAAAUGGUGAAUACAAAGACUGGAGACGAGGCUGGUGACUCUACCAUCAUUAUUAGUGAGCAAAAUUCUGGGCAUCAAAGCCAAACACAAUCACUUAAAGUCGAAAGUCAAGAUCAUAGAAGUGCAGUUGAUCUGCAUAAUGAAAAGAAGUGCUCUGAAACUGAGAGGAAACAACAAGAUGACUUAGAUAUAUUGCAAACUGACAUGAAAGUUACUAGUGGAUUGGCUGACACUUCCAACAGUUCUUUGUGCCCUAAAAAAUCACAGACAGCUGCAGAAACCAGUACUUCCAUAAGUAGCCAAAACUUAUUGUCAGGACCUGGCAUUACAGUAUUACAGCAGCAUAGUUUAGACGGUGGCUCAAGAAUGCUAGAUACUUUGAAGGAGGACUCUAUCCUUGAGGAAGCACGGAGUAUAAAGGCAAAGAGAAAGAGCAUUGCCGAGUUAUCUUUUGGUACCAUACCAGUGGAAGUUCGUACGAGAUCUCAAUGGGACUUUGUCCUUGAAGAAAUGACAUGGCUGGCAAAUGAUUUUGCACAGGAGCGUCUUUGGAAGAUGACUGCUGCCAUGCAGAUUUGUCAUCGAGCUGCUUUUACCUCUCAGUUGAAAUUUGAGGAGCAAAUUCAGCACAGAAAGCUUAAGGGCUUAGCUUCAAGCUUAGCUAAUUCUGUCUUACAGUUCUGGAGUUCCGUGGAUGUUCCUAGGGAGCUUGAAAAGACAAGCGUGGGAACUGAUAAGGAGACAAGGAAGGAGUUGAAGUAUUAUAAUGGCAAAAAAUGUCCAGCUUCUGGUGUCACUGAAUAUGCACGCAGAUUUUUGAAGUUUGUCAAAUCUUCUGCCACCCAUAUUCAAACAGCAGCACCGUCGACACCUGAUAAUAUGUGUGACCCUGGCAUAUUGGAGAGAUCUUGGGAUGAUCAGCUUACAGAAGAAAACUUAUUUUAUUCAGUUCCAUCUGGUGCAAUGGAGGCCUACCGAAGGUCCAUUGAAUGUCAUCUUCUCGGGUCUGAGAAAUCCGGAAGUAGCCUGCAGGAGGAGGUUGAGACAUCAGCCUAUGAUCCCGCAGAAGAUACAGAAUACAAUGGUUACGAUGAGGAUGAAGAAGAAACAAGUACUUAUCAUCUACCUGGAGCUCUUGAAUUUAGCAAAUCCUUUAAGUUAACCCACAAGAGAAAGAAGAAUUCGAUGAAGUAUCAUUCUGCUCGGUCAUAUGAUGUUGGGGCUGAUUUACCAUACGGUAGCUACACUGGUGGUUCCACUGCAUUGAUGGGCAAAAGGCCUGCCAGUAAUCUCAAUGUUGGUUCAGUUCCUUCGAAGCGCAUGCGCACUGCUUCCAGGCAGAGGGGUAUGAGUUCUUUUGGCUGUGGCACUGUUGGAACUUUACCUGUGCCCUCAAAGACAGAUGCCUCUAGUGGAGACACUAGUUCUUAUCAGGAUGAGCAAAGUAGUUUGAAUGGUGGUUCUGCGGUUCAAAAAGGCACAGAGGUUGAAUCUAGUGGUAAUUUUGAGAAGCAGCUACCUUAUGACAUGGCUGAAACGUCAGGAAAACCAAAAAGGAAGAAGGUUUCUACAUAUGAACAAGGUUGGCAUCCUGAUUCAAUGGUCCACGGUGAACAGGAUCACUGGAGGAAGCGACCAGAGAAUCAUUUCAAUACAAAUGGUCUGUAUGGUCCACAUAGUUCAAAGAAGCAAAAGACUGCCAAGCAAUCAGUGGAGAAUAAUUUUGAUAGUACUAUUCCUUCUCCAGCCGCGUCUCAGAUGAGCAAUAUGUCCAACCCCAACAAAUUUAUUAAAUUUAUUGGAGGUCGGGACAGGGGCAGAAAAAUAAAAGGCUUGAAGAUUUCUUCUGGCCAACAAGGAUCUGAAAAUCCAUGGUCACUAUUUGAGGAUCAGGCGCUUGUUGUCCUGGUUCAUGACAUGGGCCCUAACUGGGAGUUCAUUAGUGAUGCUAUGAACAGCACUAUUAAAAUUAAGUGUAUAUAUCGUAAUCCAAGUGAGUGCAAGGAGCGGCAUAAGAAUCUAAUGGAUAAAACUGGUGGUGAUGGGGCUGAUAGUGCUGAAGACUCAGGAAAUUCUCAGUCUUAUCCAUCCAGUUUGCCUGGCAUCCCGAAGGGAAGUGCGAGACAGUUGUUUCAACGUCUGCAAGGGCCAGUCGAAGAAGAUACACUGAAGUCCCAUUUUGAGAAGAUUUGUUCGAUUGGGAAGAAGUUCCAACAUCGAAAGAUACAGAAUGAUGGUCGGGAUCCCAAGCAGAUAGUACCAGUUCACAAUUCUCAAGUUAUGGCUCUUUCUCAUGUAUUCCCAAAUAAUCUGAAUGGAGGUGUCCUCACGCCCCUUGAUCUCUGUGAUGCCUCAACUUCAGGUCAAGAUCUAUUUUCGCUUGAACCAAUGUUAAACCAGGGGACGUCAGUCCUUCCUGCAUCUGAAGCAAAUCCGUCAAUACCUGGAUCAUCUGAUGUAGUCCCUGGCAACAACUUGUCAACCAUAUCUGGCCCAACCAGUGCUUCGCCAAGAUUCAAUCUUCCUAGAGGAUCUUUGCCACUAGAUGAACAACACCGAAUCCAACAAUUUAGUCAGAUGUUAUCCGGUAGAAACCUGCAGCAGCCUUCUUUAUCAACUCCUGGAGCAGUCUCAGGACCCGAUCUUGGGCAUCGCCUACCUGGUGGAAAUGCUAUGAGUGGGAAUGGAAUCAAUAGGAGCACACCAUUGUCAAGGCCUGGUUUUCAAGGAGUGAGCUCAUUGGCAGUGCCAAACAGUGGCAGCAUGCUUUCCUCUGGCAUGGGAGGAAUUUCAAAUACUGGAAAUAUUAACCCUGUAGGGAGUGCUUCUCCAGGAAACUCCACGUUGAGGCCUCGUGGAACUAUGCAGCAUAUGAUGCGGGCUGUCAAAGGGAAUGGUCAAGGGAUUCCAGCUUUGAGUUCUGGAUUUACCAACCAAACAACUCCUCCCGGUCAGGUCUACCCAGGUCAUCUUUCCCAUCAGCAUCAGUUGUCGCAACAGUCACACGUUCUUGGCAACCCACAUAAGACUCAUCUCCAGAGUCCUAAUCAUGCAGCUGGGACACAACAGCAGGCAUAUGCUAUCCGUCAAAGACAAAUGCACCAGCGCUUUUUGCAGCAGCAGAAGCAGCAGCAACAGCAGUUUCCAGCAUCUGGUACUAUGCCGCCAAAUGUACAAUCACAGCUUCAAGUUCCUCCAGUAUCUUCUUCUCCACAAAACAGUCCUCAAACACAACCACUUACGCCAUCUCAGUCACUAUCGAUGCCUCUGUCGUCAACCUCUCCUAAUAUGACAGCAAUUGUGCAGCAGCAGCUUCAAAAACCGCAGUUUCCGGUUCCUGGUCUGGGUAGGAAUCCUCUGUCUACUACUUCUGGAGUAAACAAUCAAGGUGGAAAACAGCGGCAACGACAACUCCAGCAGCAAUCUGGAAGACAACAUCCACAACAGCGGCAACCAACUCAAGGUCAGCAGCAGAAUAAACUCUUGAAGGGAAUGGGAGGAGGAAACAUUAUGCAUCAGAGCUUCUCUGUUGAUCCCUCGCAGUUGAAUGGUUCUACUAUGUCCCAGGGAAUACAGGGUAGUGAGAAAGUAGAGGCAACAGUUCAACCUGUGCCUGGACAGCCGUCUAACCCAGUGACUGCCGUGAGCUUCUAUUCACAGUCUAAACCUUUGAAUCCUCCACAGUAUUCAAGUACUUCCCAACAAAAGCCAAAAACAUUUUCUGGUGCUCCAUCUCCUUCGUCCCAACAUCAACAGAGGCAAUUACAUUCAGAUGAUAGCAUCCAAGGCGAGAAAUCAGCAGAGGUAUCAGGUAACAUUUUGUCCACCUCUAGUCCGUCAGUUACACCAGCAGUCGCACAACCCAACCACCAACAUUUGCUGCUACACCAAAAGCAGGUCAAUCAAGUGCAGCCAACAUCUCAUAGAACCGUUCAUCAAAAUCAUGACUCAUCAAAGAAGUCUCAGGCUGAAGAUUCCCCACGCAAUCCAGAGUCUGUCACCAAUACCACUCAAUUGGCUAGUAUGGGUGCAACAAAAGGUGUUCCUCAGGUGGGUAUUAAUUCGGUAAGCACGACUGCAGUUGCUUCUAUUGCUGUCAGUUCUCUUCCAAAAGAAUUGGACUUGCAAUCGUGUGACUCCUCUGAGCAGACUGGUGUUGCUAGAGUAAGCAGUUCUAUUACAAACUCAACUGGGAGCGAUCCCGUAACAAAAUUAGACCAUUCGCCUGGUGGCUUGCCGGGUCAUGGCCAUAAGGGUGGGACAGAAAGACAACAGCAACAACAGUAUCCACCUUUAGAAGAAAGACAACCACAGUUAUCAGAACAGCUGCUUGUACAAAAUCGAAAACACAUUCCUUCUGAACAGCAGCAGCAGCCUUAUCUAAAGACACUGGAACUGGAAACGGUCCAUGAAAAGUUAUCUUCGAGGCCUCCUGAUACAAAGGUUCCAACUGAUGGAGUUAGGCAGGGCAGAUGAUGGUAGUAGGUGUGGAUGAUUCGUGCUCUGGUCUUGUUACCUCUUUUUCGAUACUGUGAAGGUAUCUGAUGGGCCAACUAUAUAUGCUCCAAAUCCCAACCUUUUCAUGCAACAGUAGUGAAUCGCCUUCUUUGGAAGAGUAGAAACAGUUGUAGAGAGGUUAAAUUGUGUACAGACACCCACUUUUUGUUUCCCCAUUUCGUGGUGUAUAUAUAUUAGCCUUUUUUUAUUACAGUAUUAUCUUAGUGUAUUUUGAUCCACCAUCACUCAUUGGUAUUAUUAAUUAGAUUAGCUUAAUGUAACAUAUGUUCCUCUUUUACCUUCAGUAAAAAAUUUGGGUUAAUGAAAAGAAACAAAAGUUGCAACGUUUGUGUUGUAUGCGACUAAAGUCUUUUAAGACUCUUGAGUUGUGUUUGUUACUAUAUUUGCAUUUUUGAAACAAUGUUCAGUGAGAUAAGAGAAUAACAAUGAUCUUCACAC